CCUAUCUGCCCUCCUGUUCCUGGGCCUCUGGCUCUUGCCCUCUCCCUCCCGCCAGAAGAAAUCCAGAGCAACCACAGCAUCCUCGAAUCUUCUCGUUAGAAUCAAUCUUUCACAGAAGCGAAACUGGAAACCUUGCUGUUUUUCGUCGUCAAUUAGGUGCAUAAUGGGUCCUCUUGAUGCUUCUAAAAGGACUGUUGGUGGUUUUGGUUCUGGAAAUUAUCAAGUCCCUGCUUUAGGAGUAUUACUCGCACUUAGGUAUCCGGAAAACUUUUGCUACUGAUGAAGUUUUGCACUUAAGUCAACUGAAUUCAAUCUUAACGUGGUUUGAGAAUUGUUGUUGUUGCUGAAAACUCUGCAAUGAUUUAGAGAAAUCGAGAAGCAGAUUAAAGGUUUGGUAUAGCAGCAAGCAAGUGUGAGCUUUUCUAAAUCAGAGAUGGUGACUGGCCAUUCGACAGCCUUUCUGGGCAACCAAAUUUUAGUAGUAGCUUCAACAUCUUCAUCAACAUCACGAGUAGAGUCUCCAUUAGGAGGAGGAGGGAAAUGGGCUUCAAUCAGUGCAAUGUGCUCAUCAUCGUCAGAGAAGGAGGCCAGAGAGAGGAAGGAAGCAAUAAACAGGAAGAUCGCAUCACAGAAGGCAAUCUCCAUCAUUUUAAGAAGAGAAGCAACAAAGGCAGUCAUCGAGAAGAAAAGAGGGUCUGCAAAUUCUAGGAAGCUCUUGCCUAGAACUGUCCUCGAAGCACUUCACGAGAGAAUCACUUCUUUGAGAUGGGAAUCGGCUCUCAAGGUGUUCGAACUAAUGCGUGAACAGCUCUGGUACAAGCCCAAUGCCGGAAUAUACAUCAAGCUUAUUGUAAUGCUUGGAAAGUGUAGGCAAACAGAGAAGGCACGCAUCCUCUUUGAUGCAAUGGUCGAUGAAGGAUGCAAUAUAAAUCAUGAAGCAUACACUGCUCUUCUUUCAGCCUAUAGUCGAAGUGGUUUGUUUGACCAAGCGUUUUCCAUCCUUGACAAGAUGAAGACGAUGCCUGACUGCCAACCUGAUGUUUUUACUUAUUCCAUUUUCAUAAAGUCAUGCUUACAGUUCACUAUGUUUGACAAAGUCCAAAUAUUACUAGAAGAUAUGGCUAGCAGAGGGAUCCAGCCCAACACUGUUAUAUAUAACACACUUAUUGAUGCUUAUGGAAAGGCUGGAAAGUUUGACGAGAUGGAAAGGACGCUUAUGGAUAUGCUUGGAGAUCGUGAAUGCAGACCAGAUGUUUGGACAAUGAAUGCCACUCUCAGGGCCUUUGGCAACACCAAGCAGAUUGAGAUGAUGGAGAAAUGCUAUGAGAAAUUCCAGGACAGUGGGAUUCAGCCGAACAUAAAGACAUUUAAUAUAUUGCUAUAUUCUUACGGGAGGUCAAAAAUGUAUGAUAGGAUGAGUGCCGUAAUGGAGUAUAUGCAGAAAUAUUAUUUUUCUUGGACACUGGUGACAUACAACGUGCUUAUAGAUGCAUUUGGCAGAGCAGGAGACUUAGAGCAGAUGGAAUAUCUGUUUAGGCUAAUGAAAUCAGAGAGGAUAAAGCCUAACUGUGUAACUUUGAGUUCUCUCAUAAGCGCUUAUGGAAGAGCACAAAACCUUGAAAAAAUUGUGGCAGUAAUGCGGUUCAUUGACAAUUCAGAUAUUACGUUGGAUACAGCAUUUUUCAAUUGCUUGGUUGAUGCAUAUGGGAGGAUAGGAUGCCUCGCUGAGAUGCGGCAGGUUCUGGCAGACAUGGAGAAGAAAGGAUGUAAGCCUGAUAAGAUCACUUACACUACCAUGAUAAAUGCCUAUUCUCGUAGAGGAAUGAAUAACCAAGUUAAUGAGUUACGUAGAAGGGAAGAGGAGUUUCAGAUAAAUGGUUUUACCGCUGGUAAAAUGUCACUUGAUAGAUUGUAGCAAGGACACUCGGCUACAUGUCCAUUAUUCAUGUAAUAUUCAUGUAAUCAUUCUUUUAUCAUUUUAAUCUUCAAAUUGUUUCCUUUUGUGCGUGGUUAGUCAAAGCAAGUUGCUUUUC